AGCAACGAAAUCUGAGCGGGUGAACACCGGAAUACCGGUGUUUAUAUGCUCAUGCAGGACCGCCUGCAACUCGUUUUUCAGGUGAGUGAACACGGAUACGUCCAUGGGCUGCAUAUAAUGCGUUGAAUGAGGCGGUAAAAUAACGAUCUCGAUAUCAAAUCUGAGGCAAUAAUCAAGUAUCUCCAUGCCAAAGUGGCCGGUAAAGCCGUCGAGAAAAAGCCACCUCCAAAUACGUGUUUUGGCCCGCUGUGAAUUUGGAUCGAUUUUGGCCGCAGUGCGGUUCACAAAGUCGAAUCUGACGUCAAAGUCAUGACCAAACCACUCUUUCAACGUGGGAGAUCCGAUCGAUUGCACGGCAGCAACUUCUGGCCACGAAUACCGGUUGAAAUGCUGUAUCCAGGUGAGCUGGAUAUCUCCGUUGGAAAACCCCGUUUCUGACCGCGUAAAAACGAUACCCUCAGGCAGAUCCAGAUCAAGCCAAUCGCUCGUUGGCCACUUUGUGAAGAUACAGAAGGGCGGUAGCGACUGCCCAACAGCGUUGCCACCGCCUAUCAACGUACAACUCUCACGGUUAGCCGGAUCCGCGGUGCGUGGCUUUUCAUGCCUCUUUUUCGUCACGACCAAUACCGGUAUCCGGCCAUCUCUCACACCGAUUCUAGUACCACAUUCGUCAGCGUUCCAGGCCGCUGAAGCCGUGAUCCCAAGCUCUACCGCAUGAGCCGCCGUGCGGCGAUACCAGGCCUCCACAAGAUCGAUCUGUUGCUCCCAACUAAGGCGAGUAAUCUCGACGGGUUGUUGUUUGGUAAGUCGCAGUUCCGGGUGUUUUUUACGCCAACGGCCGUACCAGUUCAUUUGAAUUGGACCACAGGGCGGUAUACGUGACUGACGCAUCAGAUUGGCCGCAGAUAUUACGUGUUGUGAGUCGGGAUAUGCACCAAGUUUAUCAAGCUGCAUGAUAUACGCAACGAGAGCUUGAUCUUCAGCAUCAGUCAACAAUGAAGGCCGCCCGCUGCGCUUUAUCGAUAUCUUAGGAAUGCCAUUGAUCAGGAGAUUACGAGCAUGCCGCUGAGUACUCGAAUACGGGUAACCGUUCCUUUUACAGAACGAUCGUAGCGAUUCUGGCUUGGAUCUGCCCUCCCGCGCGGUAUCCGCCCUACUGCGGUGAGUUUCGACAUAUUGGGCAUACAUGCGGGCUCCUAAGAUAGCUUGAGAUUCUGGGGACGUCAUGAUAUAGGUAUAUUUGCGGUAAAAAACUGAUGCGGGGUGGCCCACGGUUUUUUCGAAAAUCAAGGUUUUGUAACCCCCUCUUUGAGGGGGCCCACAACGAACAGCCCCCAAGUAAUGACUGGUUGACACGCGCCAUGUGAAGAUGUCGAUAUGCCACUACAGCGGGCGCCAUUGGAACGCUUUGUCCGACAGUCUGGACCUCGCAAUAUUCUUCUGUGCCUUGAUGCAUUCGACACACUGAUCCGACCCCGCCGGCCUGUUGCGGAGCAAUAUGCUCAAGUGGCAGACCAAUGUGGCCUGACCGGCAUCACCCCGGCGCAGGUGCAGGCAACAUUCCGCAACGCUUUCAAACAAGAGGCCAAGAAGAACCCAAAUUACGGCAAGGCCACCAACCUAGGCGCGACCAGGUGGUGGACCAAUGUCAUCACCAACACAUUUUCUCCCUUUCUCAAGCCGGGACAAGAUAUCCCCAAAGAGCUUGCUCCUCGUUUGCUGCAUCGCUUUUCGUCUGACGAAGGUUACGAGCUGAUCGAGCCCAAUCUGCCAGAGACGCUUCGAUUGCUUUGGGAUGGGCAACAGCAUGCGGACUGGAAUUUGGUGGUGGGAUUAGUGUCCAAUUGUGACGACCGCAUCCUAGGCAUCAUGGAGUCGUUGGGCUUACGGGUUGGCCCUUUGCGUUACGGAAACCUCACUGUGCUGCGUCCAAAGGGAGAUCGGGAAGCUACGGGGCAGUUCCUCCGGUCAAGUUUUGAGGGAGACGCGACGGAAGCGCUAGAAGACGUUGCUUCCAGGCGGCGCAAACAGAGUGUAUCCCUGGUGCGCAAGUCUCCCGGCCUGCCCGGUUCGGACGCGAUCGGUGCAGCCGCAAGUCUCGAUACAGCUGUUACCCAGUCUGAAGCUCCUCGAUAUGAUUUGGAUUUUACCUUGAUGUCUUAUGAUGUUGGGCAUGAGAAGCCUGAUCCUGAGAUUUUUGUUUCCGCUCAGGAAAUGGGGGAUCUGGUACUUAAAUCGUCUGUUGGACAGCCGCUUCAACCCACAGGGAUGUCGCGCAGUAGCGAUCACAACGACGGCGAAAUGACCACAGCCCGAGUGGAUAUCCUGCACUCGCGCUCGAACAAGCCAUGGCUAAAUUGGAUCAACAUUAUGGUGGGCGACGACCUAAAAACCGACGCCGCCGGCGCGUUGUCUACAUCGGCUGGUUUCUGGAAUUGCUGUAUUCUGGACCCAGAGGGCAAACACAAACCUACUGUUGAGGCUGGCAUCGAAUCGACCCAGUUGAACAGGUCGAUGACAGACAUCGACCACCAGGGCAAGCACCAACUCCUGAAGGCUAUGGCUCAGAAUCAGCUAAGUGUCGGCCGUCCAGAGGGAUUUCUGAUGCGCAUCGACAGCGUCUGUGACCUUAUUAUGCGCAUUAGGCGCGGGAUGAAGCAAUCGCCCGAGGCUAUUCCCCAGUCUCUGCUGCAAAAGCUAGCAGAGUCUGCAUCUCACCGUGACAGCCAUUAACAGCAUCCAUGUUGUGUAUUAUUUGCCACUACUUUAUCGAGUGAUUGAAUACUUCUUUUGCUGUGAUACGCACUAUGCUAAAAUUGGUCGAAGCCGCUUCUUCUCUCUGGAACUAGGUUUCAUUGCACAUUGAUGAACCCACUGGAUUUCGGCGAUAGUCCCUCCGCGCCGCAUUGGGCAGCCGUGUGGUUCGGUUCGAAACGCAAGCUUGGUGCUCGUGGGAUCUGGCGAUUUGUAGUUCUUCCGUUUAAUAGAAGAAUAUGAAAAAUCGUAUAUAAUGCUACUCUUGAUGAUGA